GAUCCAAAGUUUCGGUCCCGCUAGUCUUUUGACCGACGUCUUUCACUCCUGGAGAUGUUUGACGUGACGGUAAAAACGCUUGAUGGAAGAGACUCUAUAUUCCAUAUAGAAAAUGAGGCCAUGAAUAUCGAAAAUUUCAAAAAAGAAAUAGAACAGAAGUUGAACAUUGCAGCUGAUCAACAACGCCUUAUUUUUCAAGGGAGAGUUCUCAACAAUGAACAAACUUUGUUGGAAUGCGGUAUUCAAGGUAAAGUGGUACAUCUUGUUGUCAGGCCCCCUCCAACUACCAGAGAACAAUCAUCUUCUGGAACUGCAACAACUGACUCAACGGCUAACAUGGGUGGUUCUGGUCUAGGCGGAUUUACGUUUGGAGGUAUAAGCAUGCAGCAAGCUAUACAAGACAUUACCUCUGGGAUACUGAGUGGUGUUAGCGAGCUGAGCAGAGCAACUAACCUCCCCCUCUCUCGUGAUGGUGAUCUUUCUGGCGAUUCCCUUCAUGAUCAUUCUUUAAUAACCUUACGAGAAAAUGCUUUCAACAAAUUGCAUCGCCAAGCCACUCGCCUUACUCAAAAAAUAUCCCAAAUGUCUUACAAAGACUCUCAUGAUAACAAGGUAAAACCACCAGAAACUGAUCCGUCUCCUUCCACAUCUCAUUCCACAAACCAACGUGACAUUCAGAAGGUUGAUAUUAUUAACACUUGUGAUAAUGUAAAUGAAACGUCCAAACGAGAAUCAUCACCCAUGUUAGUGGAUACGGAUGAAUAUGAUAAAAUUUCCCCAGAUGAAAUCGAAAAUCUUAAUAAUGAUGAGCAACCAAAAGCUGAGGAAGAAAAUAACACAGAAACUGUAGAUAAUUCAAUAAAUUCCACACCAGAACCUUCUUUGGCUUUGUUAGCAGAUAUGCUUAGCAGAUAUCGUCAACUGUGGCACUCAAUAGAACCCCAGUUAGACCAGUGGGGAGAAAUGUUGCAUAAUGAAAGUAAGAUCGCUGGGACAACAUCUGAAGUCUGCUCCACUAUUGAAGACUCUUCCACAUUAGAAGUUGGUCACACAUCACAAGAUAUUGAAACUAAGAGGAGAACAUCUCAAGUGUCGAACUGGCAUCCACGUCUGUUUUCUCAAGUGAGCCGUUUACUACACUUAAACGCCCAUAUGCUUCAUUUGAUAUCUGAUUUCAAUGUAAUUACUAUGACAGAACGGGAGACACAACAGGUCAAUAGUACCGUUUCUGUUUCUCAGACUAGUAACUCAGAAUCUAAAACAUCAACAAGUGAUGAAUCUCAAAGACAGGAUCCUGACGCGAAUACUUUAAUUGACCUCACAAGUGAUCCUGUGAAAGAACCAAAGCCAGUUCCUCAAGUCAAACGAUGUACUCAACGGGUUUUAAGUGUUUCGGAUACUGAGAGACGUCGGAUACGUGCGCGGAUUAGCGUUGAACCACCUGAUCUUACGAUCGUGGCGACUGGAGAUGGACAGGAACCACGAAUUAUUAGAUCCGAACAUCCUGUUUCCAAUGUUGGCUCCUCAACUUCACGUAUCCGAAGUCGAUCGGCGUCUAAUGGAAACCGCGCUAGUAACCUUCAAACGGAAAAUGCUCCUGCUGUAACAAGUUCAUUCGGUACACCUAACCCUGCGAUGACUACAACGACAACCUCUUUGGGAAACGGACGCACUGCUAUUAUCCAUCGUUUUGACAUUCCAAUAAUAUCUGUAAACACAUUUAGUCUCCCAGCUGCUCCAUUUUUAGCAUCACUUUCAUCUCCAGUAACUGCGACAAGUGCUCCUACUAGUGUUGUGUCAAUACCAUCUACUACGCGCACUAUAACUACUUCCAGUGAUUCACUACCAACUACUCAUACUAACGUAACUAUGGUUCCUCGCCCAUCACUCCCUCCACUCACGGUAAUCGACUCAGUUGACCCUUUUUUGGCAUGCAAUUCUCGUCACUUUUCACGUGAAGUUAGUCAUAGAGUUUCCACGUCAUACAAUUUGCCAGAACCACCACCACUUACACCAAUUAAUGAUGUCAUCACCCCACAUGGUGCUAAUAUUAGUCGUCUAGGUCAUUCACAAGCAAGUGUAGAUCCUGCCAGUUUAAACAACCAAACAAGAUCAGGUUUACCGUCGCAAGUUUCUUUUUCGUUUGCAGAAUGUGCACCACCGAGUGCUCCUGGUAAUCCACCUACAGUAAACACUGGAUCUGCAGGUACUAGACCUCCUGGAUCAUUUUCCUUUGGUUCAGGAAUCAGUCUGCCACAACACCUUUUAUCUCUUGUAUCCGCCGCCACCAAUGCCGCAAUUUCUGCUGUGAGUAACGAUAAUUUCACUCCCGGUCACUCACCAUUCAAUCUGCAUGUUUCAUCGUCACCCAUGCAAUUCUCAAUGAAUCCAUCCCAUCCUGUGACAAAUUUAGCAGGAAGUGCAACUUCAACAGCAACUACAACUAGUGGAUCAACGACGCAUAAUACUCCAAGAGUUUUUCCUCAAACUAAGCCAUCUUGGGUAUCUAAUGAAAUCGAUCAAUCACAGCUUAGAGGUGUAUUUCAAAUCUUCAGUGUACUCAUAGAUGGAUUGAUUAAAACAGUAUGGUCCAGGAUUUCCCAGUCAUCAUCGAAUUUAAUGGCUGCCUGCGAAUAUGUAAAUGAUCAAAAUUAUUCCGUGAAUAGCGCAUCACGUGGUCGAAGUGUAUCCGUUGGGUUAUUAAGUGAUAUUAUUACUGCUAUUCAUAAUGAAGUCAAUGAGCAUCCUGAUACUCAAAGCUGCGGCCACAUCACUUCAUCCUCUUUGGAUGGUUUACGCGAACAUCUGCAACAUCACCUUUUCUGGGCUGAGUCAGUUUUGGGGAACAAUCAAACAGAACUUGUUAAUUGUUUAGUUAGUGUUAUUUUUAGAGAUCGAUUGUCAGAUGCUUCUCAUAGUGAAUACGCAACAUGGCUAAGAAAUUUUGGUGAAAAUCUCCCUGAACACUUGGUUGAUACAACAGCAUCAUUUGCCAAAUUAUGUAGGUAUAUUGUUUCUUCGCAAUUGGAUUUGUGGAGAGCCAGUCCAACGAAUACCGGAUUCGGUAAUACCCUACUGAUGACUCUGAAGAUUGCUUGCACAGAUCUUCUGUGCUUAACAGACAUCCUUACAAAUCAUCUUGCUUCUUCUUUGGGUAUUGAACUACACACUGAAUCAAGUUCUGAAAGUCCUCAAGGAAUUCGAAACCAAAUGUUUGGCAUCACUACAGGCUUUGAUAUGUUGUUGGAUCAUUUAAAUUCAUUUUUGCAAGCGAAUGAGGAUGAUGAAAACUUUGACUUUGCUCAAGACUUUAUAACAGGUUUUGAGAAUUGUAUUAAAUCGUACUGUGAUAUGGAUGAAACAACAUUACGUGCCAAGGUGACACACCAAAAGUCCUCAUAUAUAGAGUUCAGGAAAUCCAAAAUCCCUUCACCUAUGAUGAUUGAUCCGUCAAGUGGUGAAAUCCAACGAAAUGUAUUUGAUGAAGAUUUGCAUGGUGAUGAUUUACCGUUUGUAGACGCAUAUUCUGAUUUGCCUUCGGAUGAAAUGAACCGUCCCAUGUCAGUUGUUUCAAAAAGUAAUAGUGAUGUGCCUACUGGUCAGCUUAAAUUACAAUCAAAAAUAUCCUCCUUACCUGAUUGGACUCCGAAACCAGGAGAAUUGCCUGAUAGUAGGAUAAAUGGACUUGACCCUAAUCCGAAUGCUACUCUGCCUAUGAGUAAUGACCUAUCAGUUACAAAUGAAACAGAAGGUUGGCACGCUGUUUUACCUCCUGCCUGGAUUCAUGUAGUCACCAGCGAUAUAUCUGCUAUGUCACAUAACCUUCCAACUACUGAUGAUCCUAAUCAAUUCGGGCGAUUCAGUGAUGGAUAUAUAGCAGGCAUGCCUGCGAAAAGACGAAAGGUUAUGCAAGAACACUCAGCAUCUUUGUUUCAAUCACCUGAUCAAUUAUUCAUAGAAUGCUUAUCCGAUGCUGUUGCAAGUGAUCACGUUAAUAAAGAGAAGACGAACGAAUAUUCGAAUAGUGAUGUAGAAGAUAAAUAUAGGUCGAGACUCAGAAGACUACCUGCCGCAGACAUUGAACUCGUAAACUCCUUGAGAGAAGUUGUCUCAGAUCGACUAGCAGUACGUUUGAUGAACGACCCAGACUUUGAUACAGCACAGUUCCCACUGUCUACUCAGAAAUUUUUAAAACGAGAACCAAAAGCACGAAUGUAACCUAAUUUAGCUGUGUGAAGGGAUAAGUUCCUAGCUUGUUUGACCUAAAAUAUUUUAGUGCCAUAUAGCAGUGGUUGUUAUAAGAAAUGGAUUUCAUACUAUUCAAAACAGGAUACCAAAUUUCAUUGUGUAUUGUCAGUUUCAAAAGUAUGUAUGUUUACUUUUAGAGUGUCAAAAACUAACAGUAUGAUGUCAGGUAUUAUUUCUUUUUUAUGAACUUAUCGCAGUUUAUGGUUCUGGACGUUACGAACCCGUGAAUGAUAUUAACGGCCAUAAAGUUAAAUAAAAACACAUGUUUGUCACAAAUUUUUUUUCUGAAAUUUAACGGCCAUAAAGUUAAAUAAAAACACAUGUUUGUCACAAAUUUUUUUUCUGAAAUUCCCAAUUUAAAAAAUGUGAUAAAAUCAUCUUCAUAGAUAGGGAAAAGAAACUAUGAAUGAUUUAACAACUUUACUGAUGACCUAGCAUUACGUCUAUAAACAACAGGGCUUUCAACCUUCUGUGGGCGAUGAUUUUGAAUAGUUUCUUCUACUGGUUUCCCAGUUUUCGAUACGCGACUCGAUCGAAACAACCAAGGUACAAUAUAAAAGUGCCAGAAAGUCCAUGAUACUAAACCGAUUAAAACCAACGACCAGAAGAUGGAUAUGUGCCUGGGGAAUGGUUUAGUAAUUAUGUCCCAACCAAACUUCAUUACUAUCAAGAAUUCAGUUAUAAUAAUGCUUGAAAUCAUCCAUGCUUGUCUCCCAAAUCGUUUGCAUUUACUAGGAACGGGGAAAAGUACUGAGAAUCAGUCAUUUAUAGAGUACAAACAGUUUUCAUAUACAUGCACAUUGGCACUUAAUUUACAGAAGUACAAUGAUAAUAAGGUAGAUGUUCUCCAUUUGUUUUUACUAAAUAGUAGAUUUAUUGUCUGUUUGGAAGUUAUACGAAUGUAAAAGGUUAAUGGAGAAUACGUCUAUUCACAAGCUUUAGUAAAUCUCACUUGUUUGAUUUGAUCAUCAGAAGAUUUAAGAGCUUUUCUCUUCCUGCAACAGUGUGAAGUUUAGUUGAAUUGGUUUGUGGAGACUUGCUUAAUUCGUGAGUAGUAUACAUCAUAGUUGGGUACAGUUGAGUUAGCAGGAGGCACUGAACAAUUGAGUUGUCUGCGAGCCCGGUGAUAUUACAUUCACAGUACAGCACCUAGUGUUAUUGCUAGUGAUAACUGUUUUAUUUCCAGCAAGUGUAUCUUCCAUCAGUCACAAUUUUCCAGCGGAACUCAAGGUGUAGAUUUCAAAUAGAUUCACUAGUGAAGACACGGUCAUAGUUUUUUCAAGACCGAUCUCAUUUUUAGUUGUUCUUAUUCGUGAAAAAGUAACCGCAAAUAUCACUAGAACUAAGAGGCACUAAAUUAUUAUUUUGCCAUCCAAGUAUGGAACUCUGCAACAGUGAUGAUAAACAACCAAACUGACAUUGAUUAUCACCUAGAAUUUUAUAUUCAAGUACUACAGAUAAGCGAUUUUCUGAUGGGAAACGUUCUGUGGUUGUACAACCUCAUCAAAUAAUGAGUACAUGGAGUCUAACGAAUCUUCAGUUACAUUCUUUAAGGAGCCAAGUUAAUUGGUUGAGAUGCUCCUAAAAUUCGAUACAAUUAUAACUCGAAAUCGCUCCUUAUACGUCUUUAUUAGUCUUACCUAGUCCUUAUGGCUUGAUUAUGAAAAAGUUCAUAUUUUGAAAGUGUGUAAAUAUGUGUUGACCUUUUCAAAAAUAAUAACAUAAAAAUUCUAUUAUUUUACUCUACUGAAUUCACUUACGGAUCAUCAAGGUAUUCAAAAUAUUCACGGAUAGCAGUGGCUCCCAUCAAUGUCAGAAAGAUUAGACGUCCAAGACACAAAAAGUGAGGAGGUGGUACCCAAAGUACGAAUUUCAAGUAAAAAGUAUUCAAUUCUGCUGCAAAUAAAGGCAGACCUUCACUCACAAAUGAACUAUCCAGCCCAGAGAAAGAAACUCGUCAAAGAUUACUGUUUAAUUUCGGCAUUAAAGAAAGAUUUUUAAUCGCCAUACUACUUAAUAACCGGUCAUUUUAAGUGUUAGGAAGCGAAUCGAAUUGUCAGGUAAUAACAAUGACACACAGAGUCUAAUAAAACACAGAAUCAUAGGCAUAAUAAUUUAUGACAAUAGUAGUAGGCAGGACUAAAUCAAAAAAUCGAUGGCAGUUAAUAAGUGCGCUGUUUCUAUUGAAGAUGAAAUAUCCUUAAUGAUCAGUCGUUCCAAAAAACUAUUUACGGUAGAAUUUAAAUAUGUUAAUUUAUAGUUAAUUACAAAAUAAACCCAAAUUAUAUUUUUUGAAAUAGC